AUGGUUUGGAUGCUUUUCAUCUUCGUCACAGUGGCAUUUUUAUGCACAUGUGUGGAUCUCGUAACACACAAUCAACCAUCUUCGUGCCCACAACUUGCUCACCUAUGCAAUAAUUCUUUGUAUUGUGAACUGAUGACAAAGCAGUGUCCGAAAAUAUGUGGUCCAUGUUCGGAAAAUGUCACUUCCGAUAUCUACGGGAAUUUGAUGAUUCAGGAAUGUGCAAAACCCUGUCAUCAAAGUUGCUGA